AAAUUUAUGAAAUUCUCAGUAAAUUCUUAACAAUUUAUAAUAAAAAACGGGAUAGAGAGCGAAUGGAAAAAUUAUGCAAAUAUCUCGUAUUGUCACUUGAUUCUGAAUCACCUAUAUUUUCAUACAUAGGAGUGGCUUUGAUAAGAGAUAAUUAUAUUUUGUGGAUAUAUCAAUUAAAAUCUAUUUUACGAUAUUGUUUACUUGAACUAGAAGAUCUACAUCCCGAACAACCAACAGAUAAUAAAUCUAUUCUUUUAAGAUUGCAUACAUUAGUAAGCUUUACAUCAACGCAAACGUGGUCCCUUAUGAGAUUAUCAGAAAUGCAAAAACUUAAAGUAGGGAUGAAUCAGCUUUGUGCUAAUAUAAUGAGAUAUUUAAUGAAAAAUGAUUUUUACAAAAUAAUGAAGAAUCUUCUUAUCAAGGGUUUGUGCAGACAGAUAAUUACGUUACAACCUACUGCAUUAGCUGCUAUAACAACAUUGACUCUUAGACCAUUACUUUUUUCAAAAAUAUCGGAUAAAUUAUUUUCGGUGUUUAUAAUUAAUAUCAUCAGUGUACCUGCGUUAGUGUGUCAUUUGAAUGAUAUGGAUAGAUCUCCAAGCAUAUCAUUAUUCAAGCAAAAUAAUUUAUUUGUGAAAAGCAUUAAAUUUUUAAACAAUGAAUUGAAUGCAAAAACUAUUUUCAGUAUUUUAAAACGCAAUUAUACACUAUACUUACUGGCAAAUUUAAUAGAACUAGCUAAUAUAGAAUAUGACAGAAUUUCGAAUGAUAUUUAUUAUCCUGAUUUCACAUUUGUUAUCACCAGUUUGCUUGAAUUCUGUCAACAAUCUGUAAUAAAAAAAAAGUGCAAUACAACCUAUUGGCAUCCAAUAAUUGGAUGGCUUGAACAACCUGAAGAAUUUUCAUUUCACGAAGUUAUGCCUAAAGUUAAAAAACAACUUUCAUAUCUUUGGACAGGAAAAAUUAUUACACAUUUAAUUUGUGAACCACUUGAAGAGUUUGUAGGGAGAGAUUCUUGGUUACAGCUAAAUUCUGAAAGUACUUCUGCUACUAAUUUUGUUUAUAAAGUAUUUUCCGAAGUAAAAAUGAAAAAAAAAAAACAAUAUUAUAAGCUAGACAGUCAAAACGCAAUAAAAAUUUCUUUGAUAUAUUUGGUUAUUGUAUCCGAUGAUCCGACUCGCUUCACCAAGGUGUAG